AUGGAAACUGACAACAAUACACAAACUUCAGCAUUUUUUCUCCUCGGAUUAUCAAAGGAGCCAGAACUGCAGUCUCUCAUAUUUGGCCUUUUCCUCUCCAUGUACCUGAUCACUCUCUUUGGAAACCUGCUCAUCAUCCUGGCCGUCAGCCUAGACCCCCACCUCCACACGCCCAUGUACUUCUUCCUCUCCAACCUGUCCUUGGUUGACAUCUGCUUCACCUCCACCACCAUCCCCAAGAUGCUGCAGAACAUCCGGACACAGAGCAAAGUAAUAACCUUUGAAUGCUGUAUCACCCAAAUGUAUUUUUUCAUACUCUUUGCAGGAUUGGAUGACUUCCUUCUGGCUGUGAUGGCUUAUGACCGCUUUGUGGCCAUCUGCCACCCCCUGCACUACACGGUCAUCAUGAACCCCCGGCUCUGUGGGCUGCUGGUUCUGGUAUCCUGGCUCUUGAGUGCCCUGUAUUCCUUGUUACAAAGUUUAAUGGUGUUGCGACUGUCAUUCUGUAAAACAUUGGAGAUCCCACACUAUUUUUGUGAACUCAAUCAGGUGGUCCAACUUGCUUGUUCUGACACCCUUGUCUAUGACAUAGUGAUGUACUUUGCAGCUGGGCUGCUGGGUGGUGGUCCCCUUGCUGGAAUCCUUUACUCUUACUCUAAGAUAGUUUCCUCCAUACGUGGAAUCUCCUCAGUUCAAGGGAAGUCAAAGGCAAUUUCCACCUGUGCCUCACAUCUUGUAGUUGUCUUCUUAUUUUAUUGUACAAGUGUAGGAGUGUACCUCACCUCUGCUGCUUCACACAGCUCACACUCCAGUGCAACGGCCUCAGUGAUGUACACUGUGGUCACACCCAUGCUGAACCCCUUCAUCUACAGUCUGAGGAACAAAGACAUAAAGAGGGCCCUGAAGACAUUCUUUAGAAAGACAGCUGUAAAAGACCAGUUGUCCUGA